CAACAUAAAAACUCCCCCAACUUCUCUCCUCUGCUUAUGCCUACCUGUCUUCUCUCUCUAUUUUCUCUCUCUAAAAAAAAAGAACAAGGAACAAGACAAAGCCACUACUUUGAUACCCUCGUCAGAUCAUUUCACAUUUCAGCACAAACCAGACCCGAAAAUGCCGCAGCAGAGAAGCCAAAGCAGAAGAAGAAGAACAAUCACACACCACACCUCCUAAUAGCUUGCACACUCCACACACACACAUACACAUAUAUAUAAAUGAGGUGUAAGAAACACCUUACCGAUCUCAGUAGCAGCGUCGGUGUCUGCGGUUCUUGUCUCCGGGAACGACUCUUUGCCCUAAUCGCAGCUCAAGCACAAGUCCAAUCUCAAAUUCGAGCUCAACAAUUCCAUCUCGAACAAGAAGAUCGCCGGAAAACUGAUCCUCUUCCACCGCCUCUCGUUUUCCCUCGCUCUGCAUCGCCGUACGUCUGUCGCCGUGAAUCUAGAAUCUCCGGCCACCACCACCACUCGCUGUCCGAUCAGUUGUUCUACAGUACUCCGCAAAUUGGCCCCACUGGUACUAUAAACUCGAGCAAGAAGAAGAAGACUAGGUUCUCUCUCUUCGCGAGAUUGUUCAGAUCCAAAUCGAAGAAGACGGACUCGGAUCCUUGCGUUUCAGAUUCCAAUCGGAAUUCGUGUACGGCGUCAUCGUCGUCGCCGUCGUGGUUCUCCACUAUGCUCGCCGGAAACCAGAAAAAGCAACCGCGGUUGUUCUCUCUCGACGAAUCGAACUCCGGAUUUGGCCGGAGAACCGCAAGGUACAGAGAUCGGGGAAUGUCGCCGGCGAGAGUUUCGGACUACGCCGGCGACGAAGAAGAAUGCUACGACGGAUCGAGCGGUUACUCGUCGGAGUCAUCGCAGGGGUGGAGGCAGACGCCCCGGAGGGCGGCGAUACCGGUACGGCGAGGCGGCGGAGGUGGUUCUCGGCCGAGUCACUCCCGGAACAUGUCCGGAUUGGCAUUCUGUUUGAGUCCGUUGGUGCGUGCGAGUCCGAAUCGGCAGUGGAACCAGAAGGGAAUGCCGCCAGAGAAUGCGUUUUCCGGCGAGAUUAGGGCUCCGGUGAAGCCUCACCUGUCGACGGCGGCGUCGUUCUGCGCGAACAGAUCGAGAAAGCUAGCCGACUUCGGAAGAUUCAAUCACAACCGCUGAUAGCGACUACGGUUGACCACGACCACCGCGACGGUGAUGAUGCUGAUGGAUGACAUACGACUUAAAAGUACGGUUUUGCCCUUGUUGUUUUGCCAUUUUUUUUCACUUCCAAGUCCUCUGUAUACUUCGGUCUUAAAAGUUAAAAUACGUGAGGUUAAAACCAAAUCCAAAUAUUUCUGAUUUUUGUUUUUUUUGUAUUUGUAAGAUUAAAAUUUCUGAUUUUUUUUUGUAUUUGUAAAAUUGUUAAUCUGAUGUUGAUUUGAGAUUGAAAUUACGUAAAGACCCUCGUGGUAAAUGCUCCCCAUGUGCAGUACGGCUAUAAGAUAGGUGGGGGCAUUGGGUUGAAAUCUUGAUAAAGGGUUGAGGUGGGGCCACGUGUAAACUUGAUGGCUGUGAGAUUAGGAGAGGCAGUUGGGUGUUAAUUGAUGUGAAGCAAUCUCGUCCGUCAGUUGUGUUGAACAUUUAUUGUUGGGAACAUGUUAGGUAAAUGAUAUUUUGACUGUUUCACCAUU